AUGAGCAAUAUUAAAGGUGGAUUGGUUUGUGCAGCAAGAAAUUGUCCAAACAAGACGUACAACUGCAAGUUGAGCUUUUUCGGUUUUCCUAAGGACGAAAGAAGUUCAGAUUCAGCGAGGUUGGAAACAUAUUCGAGGGAAUUUCCCACUGAAACUACGGCCCGGAUCGUCCCAGUCAACCAUUGGAACCACGGCUCCCAGGUAUGUGUGAACCACAAAUCACAGUUCUCCAACCAAGUAGCUGUGAUGAUGACAUUCGAGUCUCCAAGGAGUAGAACAAGCCACGCAGCAGAAGAAGAAGGUGUUCCGCAGGGCUGGAUGUGCAAAAGACUAUACUUUAAUGUGGAGUGUUCGACUAUCGGUAAAACGGAACUAGUUAAGGAAGAGCAAGAAGAUUUUGAGACGAAAAACGACAGUAGUGAUAGUGACUUUGAAUGCGACCUGGGAACGCCAAAAACAUUAAAUCAAGAUGAUUUAGAAGAUUAA